AAUGGAAAACUUCAAGUGCCAAUAUGAAGAUCAUGAAAAUGAAGCUAUAAUAGGCUUUUGUCUUAAUUCUAAGUGUUAAAACUCUAGCCAGUAUUGUUACAAAUGCUUAUUGAAAGUACAUAAAGACCAUCAUGAUGAUUGCAUCAGAUUUACAAACAUUUCUGAUUUAAUUAAUUAAUAUAAUUAAUUUUAGGAGAAAAUAAUACAGUAAUCAAAUGAAGUCUUCAAUUAAAUAAAAAAAUAAAUAGAAUCAAAUAUCAAAAGAAUUGAUACCCAGAUUUAAACUUUAUAAGAUUUAAAUUAAUCUUUAAUAACCUAAGACUACUUUAAAUUCAGAUAGUCAAUCAAUAUUUUGAAGUCAUACUAUUCAUAAGAGUAAUAAAAAAAAGAAGGUUAAUUUAUCAUUUAAUUGAUUUAGAUUAAUUUAUAAAUUAAUUAAAUGAAUUCUAAGAAAUAUUUAAAUAGAAGGAAAAAAAGAAUGACAAACAAUAAGAAUAUGAAAAAAUUUUUGAAAUGGCGAUGUAAUUAACAAAUGAAGGUAAACAUGAAGAUGCUAUUAAAUUUUAUGACAAAACACUAUCUCUUUAAACUUCAAUCGAUGAAUUAUUGCGGUGGAAAAGUAAUAUAUCUAAUUUAAUAUUUUUAGGUUAAUCAUUAUUUCAUUUAUUAAGAAUUGAAGAAGGGAUUCAAUGUUGUGAUAUAGCCAUAUAUUUAAAUCCUAAGAAUGACAAUGCUUACAACAACAAAGGUAUUGAAUUGAUUAAAUGAUUAUUAAUAGGAUGGGCAUUAAACUCUCUAAAACAAUGUUAAAAAUCAAUUGAAUGCUUUGAUAAAGCCCUAUAGUUAAAUCCUAAGAAUGACAAUGCCUACAAUAACAAAGGUAUUGCUUUGAUUAAAUUGUUAUGAAUAGGAACAGCAUUACAAAAUCUAAGUCAAUAUCAAAAAGCGAUUGAAUGCUUUGAUAAAGCCAUAGAAUUGAAUCCUAAAAAUGAGAAUGCCUACAACAACAAAGGUAUUGCUUUCAUUUAAUUAUUAUGAAUAGGAACAGCAUUACAAAAUCUAAAUAAAUAUAAAGAAGCUAUUGAAUACUAUGAUAAAGGCAUAGAAUUAAAUCCUAAGAAUGAGAAUGUUUAUAUUAACAAAGGUAUUGGCUUGAAUAAAUGAUCUAAAUAGGUGUGAUAUUACAAAAUCUAAAACAAUAUCAAAAAGCGAUUGAAUGCUUUGAUAAAGCCAUAGAAUUGAAUCCUAAGAAUGACAAUACCUACAACAACAAAGGUAUUGCUUUGAUAAAAUGAUUAUGAAUAGGGACGGCAUUACAAAAUCUAAAUCAAUAUAAAGAAGCUAUUGAAUAAUAUGAUAAAGCCAUAAUAUUGAAUAAUAGAAAUGUUGAUGCAUAUUAUAACAAAGGUAUUGAUUUGAAUCAAUUUUAAUGAAUAGGAUCGGCGUUAAGAUAACUAAAUCAAUAUAAUGAAGCUAUAGAAUGCUUUGAUAUAUCAAUUUAACUGAGUCCUAAUGAUGCUAGUAUAUAUAACAAUAAAGGUCAAUUAUUCAUUUUAAUUAAUAGCUUAUACUCUACAUUAAAUGAAGCAAUAUCAAAGAGCAAUUGAGUUUUAUGAUAAAGCUCUAAGUCUUCAACAAAGUUCUAUUUUUUUCUUAAAUAAAGGUAUUCUUAAAAAACAAUAAUUAUUUUAGCUGAAGCUCUACUUGCUUUAGGGAAAAAAAAAGAAGCUAAAAAGUUUUAUUAGAAUGCACUUAAUGCAGGAUUUGCAAAUGAAUUUUACAUAAAGGUAUAACUAGCAUAAUUAUGAA